GUCACGCUCGUCUUGUCGCGCACUCGCGCUGUCGGCUGCUUGCGUUCGCGUUCGCGCUCAUCUUUCCACGAAACGUCGCGUUGCCGUUGCCGCAGUCGUUGCCGCCUGCGCCGAGAUAAAUCGCGAGGGAACGCGCGCGAGAGCCGCGAAGGGGCGAUGGAACGCGCGUCGCAGCAGAGGAGGAACGUCACGGAUCCGCGCACGCGUGCACGCGCGGCCGCCGUCGCGAACGCUAACAACUCGCGCGAGAACUCUUGACACUUGCGCAAAAUGGGAGUUCCUUCGCGGUGCUUGUGAUCCAUCAAAGAAAGGCGCGCCGUGAUCCAUCUCCCAUACAUUGCAUCUUCCGCACGUCAUUCUCUCCCGAAAGAAAACACGUCCCAACGAUCCCAACGUUCGUCGUAUCGUUCGUUUGCGACUCUUUCGUAACGCGUUUCUCUCCGAGAGCAUAUUCUUUUCUUUCUCUCUCUCUCUCUAUCUCUCUCUCUCUUCGUCUCUACUCUCUCCACACUUCUUAUCUAUAUCUCCGCUUCAUCAUCUUCCGUGGCGCGCCGACGCGCGUCCUCGCCCCGGCGCCGAAACUUUGGAGUACGCGCGUUCUCACGUUACCCGGCACGCCGCGAUUCGUCUGCGCGCGGUACAUUCGAAGCGUCGCGACGAUGGACGAGUCCGGGGUCGAUAUGGGUUUCGAUCUGAUGGCCGCAUUCGCCGUCACCGAUCCGAUCGCCCACCAUGUCGCCGCUGGGGAUUACGACGACGACUUCGAGCAGGCCCUCUCCCUCCUGUCAACCUCGACCAAGGAACUGAUGUACUACGAGUUGAAAAGCCGCGCGCCUGACACCGGCAGUCCGCCGACGUUCAAAACAGCGACGCCGACGUCGCGCACGCAAUUGAAGCUGCAGCUGAUGCGAGAGCAGCUGCAGGAGCAAGAGAGGCGACAGGCGGAAUUCCGGCAGAGCUUGCAGCAGCAGAGGCCAGCUGCCGCACCGCCCAGACCAGUGCCGCCUACGCCGUUGCCCACUAUCGGCGUGGAUGUUCCACCGCAAGUAUUACAAGUGCGCACGCUGUUGGAAAAUCCGACUCGCUAUCACGUCGUGCAAAAGCAGAAGAACCAGGUGCGCCAAUACCUGCACGAGUCAUUUCGCGGCGGUGAGGGCGCCGGUGCCGGCAAUGCGGUCGUCAGCGGUAGCGCCGGUAGCGAGGGAGGCGGCAGGACGCCGGUUGACACCGGGCCGCCACCCGUCCCAAUGGUGGUGCAAAGUGCACCGCCCGGCCCGCAGCUGCAUCACCCGAAGCCGCAGCAUCCUCAUCUCGCCUCGUAUCCGCACGCCCCCGCGCUACUGCCGCAUCACCCGGGUAACCCCACGGUGGUCUCGGCGAGCCCAGACCCUACCACCACCGGCACCAUGUCCCCGGGUCUGUCCAGCGUCGCCACUAGCAACUCCGAGGCUGAGGAUCUCCUGGACGACAUCCUGUCGUUCGAGGCUGGUUCCUUGGGCGACGGACUGAAGGACGGCCAAGCCGGAAGUCUCACGAAUAUACCGGAGCUUCAAAUUAAACCGGAACCUCUCUUGCUUACCGAGGCAGAGAUUCAUGCUCUCGCUAAAGAUCGGCAGAAAAAGGAUAAUCACAAUAUGAUUGAACGACGGCGGCGUUUCAACAUCAACGACAGGAUCAAGGAGCUCGGCACUCUCCUGCCCAAGACCAAUGACCCAUAUUACGAGAUCGUUAGGGAUGUCAGGCCGAACAAGGGUACGAUUCUUAAGUCCUCGGUGGAGUACAUCAAACUAUUGAAGAACGAACUCACAAGGAUGAAACAGAACGAGCUCAGGCAUAAACAAUUGGAGCAUCAGAAUCGCAGGUUGCUACUACGCGUGCAGGAGCUCGAGCUGCAGGCGAAGGCGCACGGUCUUCCGGUUUCCGACUUCAACUGGGUGUCCACUUCCGCUAUGCUCAACACCUUCCCGAGGAGUAAACUCGAGCAACGAAAGAUACCGGAUCUGGCGGUGACGGAAGAGGCGACGAGUCUGAGCAUGUCGCAUUUCGAGGACCUCAUGGAGGACGACACCGGCGGUCCGGUGCAUGGCGGCGACCCGAUGCUAUCGUCGCCGCACCUGCCACCAUUGAGCCCACCUGCGACGGGCUGUCACCACGGCUUAGCCGACGAGGACACCCUCGGCAGCCUGGCGGUGACCACAUCGAAUUCCUCGUCCGACAUGGACAUCGUCGCGUAGUAGAAAACCACCGUCGUCCAUCAGCUUCGCGUGUGAUCGGAGUCGACUCCCGAAACUUGGUCGCGUUAGAUAUUUUCCGGUAGUCGCUCGACCGAGGUGAUCGAUUUAAAUUUGUGCGAGAGAGGAAGAGAAAGAGAGAAAUGGUACAGGACAUUGCCGUGAUGUGCGAAGUGUGACUUAAAGCCAGCAGGCUGCUGCGACGUCGUAGAUUUUCAUCAUGGAAGGACGGAAAGGGAAUUCGCUCGGCACCAAUUGGAUUUUAUUGAAGUCACCGAGCUCUGAUGCGGAUUUAUCUAAAACUAGUCAUCGACUUGCGGUCGGGAAAGGGGAUCGGCAAAAGAAAUGAAGAAGGAUACUUACGGGCCGUACGUUGCUUGCCGUGGAGAGGAUUAAAGGAGAUCGUUUCGAAUAUUGCGAUCGAUCCAUUAGAUUCAAACGGUAACGUUUGAAGAGCAAUCAUUAAUCUCGAUAUAAUAGAUUUUUGAGAAAGAUGUAUCGAUGAUCCUUUUGAAUUCCGACGACUUGGUCCAAUAUAAAUAAAGAUAAUUAUAUAGAACAAGAAGACUGGAAACCACGGUUAAAAUGUUCCCAUGGGGAUAUCACAAUGGUCGGUACACUUUCGAUCACGAAUAUAUACUCAUCGGACCUUACAGACCUGCCAAUUAUCACACCAGUGGUCCCCAUAAUCAUCAAAAAUAUAUCUAGCGAUUAUUGUUGCAACAUUACUUCCCUUGGUCACUUAAUGCAUUGUUAAUGGCCGGUUUGGUUAUAUCUCUUCAUUAACCAUGAGCAACGAGAGCGCUUUCGAAGACCAUUUCAACCUGGGAAACCAUCGAGAAGGCCAUAGAGAAAAUUGCCGUGACAAGAACGUGUCAAGUUCACGUUUCGCGUCCUUGGAGAUUGAGUACGAGGAUCGGACGGACGUUUCUCGGGUCGACGAUGAGAACUCAAGAGGCGAUCGGGCGUUUUCGGUCGGUCGGGCCGGCCGGCUUCGAGGUCUCUCGAAGUGGCGGUGAAAGUCGUCAGUGCUGGACGAUGGAGGAGGAGUUCAGGGUCGUUCCAAUUGCGAAGAACGGAGGGCUCGCUGUCACGAUUCUACGAACGGCUGGCCGUUACACGGAUGGAAUGCGUGACAUCUUGGCGUGCGUUGUAUAUUAUGUCAGUGCCACGAAAGAUGCGCUCAUGUCGCGCUUGAGACGAGCCUAAACGUUUGCGCGAGUUGCUGUCGUCCAUCAGCGAUGCACGUUACGUUGCUGGACGACUUCGGGACUGACGAAGGACGAGAACGUCUUCUCGUAAAAGUGCUAGCUGUGUAUAGUUCACUAUGAUAUUACUUAAUCGUAAAAAAAAAUUAUUUUCAUUGCGAGCGUGUUCGCGAGACGUGCCGAGAAGAUGGUCCUAUAUAGAAUAUUUUUAAUAAAAGAUUUUCCAAGAUUUUCUCUCGAUAUCUUCGACAGAUAGAAUCGCUGAAAUAUAUCGCACGGUGUAACGUUGCUUCGGUUUAUAGAAUUAUGAAAUAUACAUCAAAUAUGCUAAGGAGACAGCUUGAGAAUGAAUUUCGGGAGUAUAUAAAGUUCCAUUACGCGCAAAAGAUAUUCCAACUGCGAAACGAAAAAGUGGAAUAUUGACUGCAGUGUUUUAAGGUUCGAUUUAAUGUCUGAUUUAUUAAACGUAGCAAUAAUCCAAGUGCCUUCAUAAGAAUAGUCGAGAAAGAUAUUUUCGGAAAUAUACCCUUUGAUUUCAGUAUUAGAACGCGUAUAUGCAUAUCAAAGUGAUAUCAAGAUUUCUUAUUCGCAUGAAUAGAUAAGAUUUAUAUCAUAUGCAUUAAUGAUUAGAAUUAUCUUCACAGUAAACUUUAAAAUCUCAUAAAAAUUCAUACCUUUAAAAUUAUCUUCGAAAAUUAUGAAAUUUUUAUUUAUAAAAUCACACCUUGUCUUGCCAUUAUUAUUUCAUAGAUAACAUUUUCCAAUAGUCAAAGAUACCAUAAUAGAUAAUUAUAGAUUCAAACAGCAUUGGAAUCAUGCUAGAGUGAUAAAUUAUCGAAACAGUGAUAAAAUCUCUUCGUGUCAUCCUAAAAUAAAUGUUAUCGUACCGUAUAUCAUGAAAGUCGUGUAAUUAAGCCGACGAUCUGAGCGUUCGUAAACGUGAAAGUGAGAGAAAGAGAGAAUCGCUCACGCGAUCUGCCAUUAAUCGUUCGUCGUUCACGAUAAAUGAGGAUGUCGAUGUCGAUAUUGGGACGAAGUCGAUUCCGGCAGAAACUCACAACGGAGUACUAUGUCCAAAUUCGUUAUAAAGUUUACUGAUAAUUAUUGUCCCCGGUAGUGUGCACAUCGAGUCGUAUCUUGCAUGUUAUUUGCUGUGGCUCGAGCACACGGCGGCUUUUGUGCGGGCCUUGAUUUCACCACUUGCCUCGUCUCGCUUUGCGUUCGUCGGCUGUAACCCACAUCACCCGAUCCACGUCGCCUCGAGCCAAGAUCGAUGAUUACUCGAUCCUGGACUACCGUCGAUAAAUCGUCGGCGGCUCGUUACGAAAGGCAGUAAUUAAGGUAUCACCUAUUUUCCAGGAGAGCGAGAGAAAAUUCGAAUAGCCAUAAAGCAGAACGUUGAAAAAGACAAGAGACAUUAUUAUAUAUGCAUAUAUUUAAAUCGAGCUAUUGAAUAUCAGACACGAACGUAGCGAGUGAUAAUCAAAUUAAUUUUCACGACAGAUUAGCAAACAGGAAUUUUACGUGGCACAUUUUUCUAAUAUGUUUGAACCUAAAAUUAAACGAAAUGUUAUUUCAGUAAAAAUACCAAAGAGAAGGAAGACUACGAGAAUAUUCUCUCGUAAUCGUGGAAGUAAGACUCUUUUUUCAAUUUUCUGCGAAUGACUGUACAUUGUAGAUAAUUUUUUAAUUAGAAAUAUAUAAAUAUUUUAUAUUCUUCAGUAAAAUAAUAGUUUACGUGUAGAAUGUUUAAACUAUCACUAUAUCUAACACGUUAAACCGUAAGCAAUAGUAGAUAACAGUUACAUAUCACUUAAUAAAUAUUAAUCAUAAUCAAUAAUUUUCUACGCUACGAAUAUUGAUCAUAUUUCAUAUUAGUUUACGCAGUACGUAGCUCUGAAGAACUUUUUUUCUUGAUUAGGUACGUAUUUUUCUGUCAGUCAUCUCAUUUAUCUACUUAGAUUACGUGGAAAGUGAUAGAUUAGACAUUCCGGACGUGGACUAUGCACUGAAGACCAACACGCUGCCUUUAAGUGUGUUCUUAUCGCGUUAAUCCUUACUCGGACAAAGAACUCUCGACAAGACGAACAAGAAAAAAAUAUAUUCUCGGUGACUCGUAAAUUAUAAGAAACGCUCGUAAUUAUAUUUAAAACUUUUUAAUAAAAGAACGGCGUCUUUAAGUAAAUGGUGCCAGUUCAAUCAAGACCUCGCUUGAUAGGAGAUAAUUUACUAUAACAAUCGAAAGUACGUUUUGCAACUAUGCGAUCGUAACCGCUCGCGAUUCUCCAGAUUAAGUUUAGGUCGAUACCCUUUGAUAUAAAUGACAUUUAGAAUGUAUAUUGACAUGUCACGAAACCAGAACAAUCAAUGUCGUUCCAAGACUUUGGGAUAAAAGAGAGACCCAAGUUCUCAUAUCUGUAUAUAGACCUUUCCAUCGAGCUUCCGAGCCGCAGAGAGUUAAAUAAACGCGACUUUGGUCGUUCUGGCUUUGAGACGCUCGUGUUGUGCGUAAGAUAUCUAUAGAAGCGUAUUUUUGUACCCAAUACGGUAGCCACUCGCGCAGGUCGCAAGUUUUUGGUGUACUGGUAAAAUCUGUAAGUCAUCUCGAGGAUGUUUUCUCGUCGUGAUCGCGUCAGCGUGCUCCGCUAGCCUUCUACAAGAUCUACGCAAACAAUAUUACAUAGCACGCCGGAGAGUCGCAGUGUCGUACGCGGUGUCCGUUUCUCGUCGUGCCUGCAAGCGUGACGGAACAAACGAGCAAAACGUUGCGACUGCUGCAGCAACUGCAGUUGCUGCUAGCGGAGACUGCAAUGCCCCGAGGCUGAUAUGUCCAUUAACAAAUCAUUCCGUUCGCGGCGUAUGAAUUUAUCACACACUGUUAUCCCACACACACACACGGCCGGUGUGACAAAUAAUUUUAUAUUAGCGUUGUCGACGUGCGCUCUUGUUGAUUAAUUGAUGGUUAAUUCCAGUUGCGAGAGAGCUCGGCGAACAUCAAAGGUGCAAUGUAACGCACGAAGGGGAGUGAAAUUUCAAAAUAUACAGAGCAAGGAAUAAAUUAGGCCUUUUGAACUCGCGCGUCCUCGGGCUGUAGAGUUUAAAAAAUUACACGGAGCACUUCGGAUAUUUUCAAUUUUUUACAUUGUCUAGGUGCGAACUUUUCCAAUAACUUUGAAAUUGAUUUUUCUUUAGUCAAGAACUUGAUUAAACAUUAAAUAAAUAAAUUUUCUUUAUUUAUUCUCGGAACUUAAUUUUUCUAAAGAAAACUGUUUAUUUUUCAUCACUCACGAUUAGAAAUGUUAGCCUGAUUUUCGUUCGAGAUCAAUAAAUUGGUCCAAGAAUCCACAAAUGCGCAGAACAUCCGAUUCUUCUGUGGCACUCCUAUAUUUGAUCCUUUAAAAUAGAACGUAAGGUUGGUGCGAGAGAAAUUUCGAGUGAUUAUCAAAGUUCGCCGAAUGUUCUUUUGCGAAACCGGGCCAACUCGCAAUUCCGUGCACGAGACGCGCGACGCGGAAUACGUAACGAUUCGACGACGGUGCAUUCGCCGCCGGUCGGCGAAAUAGCGGAGGCGCCAACCCUCGUUGCCGGUGCUGUGUAACCACCGGGGAAAAAUAAAUAAUCCCUGGUGCGCGCCGAAGGUAAAUACAGAUUCGGAGGCUCGCGAAAAACUUUCUUACCGGGGACGUGUCCCCAUAAAGAGAGUUUGUCAGGACUUUUGGCGAGCGCGUGAUUGCUCGUAUUCGGUCCCGAGAUUCGUGCGAAAUAUUCGUCGCUUUGUGCAAACAUGGAACUGUCGAUGUACCGUCAGAUUUGUUUUUAACCCUCAAUAUCAGUUAACGACAAAUUAGAAAGACGCGAAAUGCACAUGGCCAUAUCCGUUUUGAUAAAACGUUUGACGAUUGAGUUCGAUAAUUGAUAAUUGAUUUCGCUGAGGCGUAAAAUAGAGUUAAUGUUGAUAUUAUUUUUUCAUUAAUGUCAAGACGGCGCGAGAGUCGCGAUUUUUUUCAACUCAAAGUGCCAAGGGCACUAUACCGUCGUCGCACAACGAAAGUUAAGUAUGCAAUAAUGAUUAGCAGGCGUAACUGGUUUGCCAACGAGCUUCGAAAUAGGUCAUGCCCCGGAGGUACGCCAUUUAGAGAGUGCCGCCUACCUUUAAACCCAGAACGAAACUAAUUUCUGCCGGAACGAAAUUUCACGGCAAUGUGCAGUAGCGCGUUGCGGAAGACGUAUUGGAAAUUUACUCGAACGUAGCUAUUCAUAUAUGUUUCCGGUUAUAACAUUCCCCAGGUGCAUAUUGAUACCACUGCACGGAAAUAAAUUCUAAAAUUCAGAAGAUUUUAAUAUUGCAUACAUUCUACUCUGACAAGAAAUUUUCUUUUUUCUUUU